AUAAAAACAUGUAUUUCGUGCGUGCAUUUCUCCAUGGUUUGUCCACCCUCCAUGGUUAAACUCGGCAGAUCCUUAAAGCCAAGGCUGCUUGAUUAGUGGUGGAAAGCAGAUUGGAAACAAAAGUGCCAACAGAAACAAAACUUUGGGAACUGAAGGUGCUGGAUUUAAGACAACUGCAUGGAACUCAAUGUGCGCAGUGAACUACUACUAGACAUAGUGCGAGUAAAAACUGGGCUGCUCUUUUAACAUAGGCUUGAUGCUAGUCCACCCCUAAAUACAUCUACGUGUAUUGUAGACAAAAUAAAAUGGUGGGUUGCGGAAUUUGUUGGCGGUUGUUAAGUUAUUUUACUGAUGUAGUUAAAGAAGGUGGUUACGUGGGAUGUAUUGCCGUACUUGGGGCAUUUGCAGACUGGAUGACUUGGAUUGCAAUGACGAAGAGUCUAGCGGUGAUGUUACCGACUUUACAGGAGCAGUUUGGCGCUUCAACAUGGCUGGUUGGGUGGAUGAUAGCUAUAAUAGACGGCACUGUGGAUCUAGCAGGUCCAUUUGCACCAAUACUGGGGAAUACAUUUGGUGUGCGGACGGUCUUUAUGGUCAGUGGUACAGUAACUGGUGCUGCAUUUAUCUGUUCAGCUUUUGCAACAAGUUUGUCAACAAUGGCCAUCAUUCUUGCAGUUGUGGGACCCACACUUGGACUGGUCAAUAUAUUAUCCCGAGAUCUAAUUGGUCGAUAUUUUGACAAGCACCACACAACUGCAUUAGGCAUAGCUGGCUUGGGUACUUCUUUAGGGUUCAUUAUCUUCGCCCCUCUCACGCAAUUCCUAUUGGACCUCUAUGGUUGGAAAGCGACGAUGAUGCUCCUUGGUGCAUUAUUCUUCAAUCUCACCGUGUGUGGCGCUCUAAUCAAACCAGAAGAUAAGACUACGUCAGGUAAUGGAGGCUACCAUUCGGUCGACAAAGAUGGCGACCAUUCGGCCAUCGACGAUCAAGAAGACGGGUCAAGUCGACAGAGUCGGUCGUCGACUUGCACAACAAUUCGUAAACUUAUCACCGCGAGUCUUCAACUAGAUUUGUUCACUUCGGUCCGUUACUGGCUUGUCACGUUCGUCACAGUUAUGACGUGGCUCACGUUCGCUGCGUGGGUGAUCUACUUCGUACCGUACGUCACUAUCUCCAAGGGAUACUCACUAAGCGAAGCUGCUAACUUUGUUUUAAUCUUCGGUAUUGGGAAGAUCUUAGGGAGUUUACUUGUGGGUCAAACCGUCUCUGUUUGUGGACAAAUCGGUCUCGGUGCUAACGUAUGGAUGUCGUUUGCAAUCUUCACUACAUCAACAUACUUUUUUGUUGAUCCAUGGUUGACUGCUAGCUGGGCUAUUUCUGUUGGUGCAUUCUUUUUCGGAUGUUUUCAUUCGUUCAUGUUCAUACUGGGUGACGUCAUCACGAAAGAGGCGAUCGGUGUGGAUCAGUUGGGAUGUGCGCUGGGCUGGAUCGGAUUCAAAGCUGGUGUCGUGAGAUUCGCAUUCCUGUUCUUUCCAGGUUUGGUGUUUGACACGCUCGGUAGCUACACCUUGGCGUUUACCAUCAUGGGAGGAAUUAAUCUUCUGAGCUUCUUUGCCUUUCUCGCAUUGAUGUGGCUCAAAAGAUACCGCCAAGACACAGUCAAAUAAGUGUUUCUGUCAUGAUUCGUCAAUGAUCACAGGUGAUCGGGUACUUUUUGUAGGACACAAAACACAAUAAUGCACUCAUUUACUUUAAAUUCAUAGGAUAAGAAGAUAAUAAUAGUAGAAGGCUUCCCUACUAUUUACUGAGGUUGCU